AUGAAAUGUGUGUCAUCUGUUGCUUAUUCAGUGGUCAUUAAUGGGCACAGAGGAGAUAAAUUUGUACCAACCAGAGGACUUAGACAAGGUGACCCAUUAAGCCCGUUUUUAUUCCUGAUAUGUGGUGAAGGUUUAUCGAGUUUACUGAGGUUAGCAAUGAAGAGAGAUUGUCACAAAGGAAUACGGGUGAACAGGUAUGGUCCGCAGGUAUCUCAUCUUUUAUUUGCUGAUGAUUGCAUACUGUUUGGAGAGGCAAUGAGGAGGGUUGCAAACAUUAUAAAGGAUAUUCUUUGUGAAUUCAAAGUUUGCUCAGGACAAUGUGUAAAUUUUGACAAAUCAACGGUAUUCUUUAGUAAAAACACGUUGGAGGAGGAUAAGAGACAGGCGGUCAAUGUGUUGGGGGUACGUAGGACCAGUGAACCUGAAUGA